AUGCCCGUGCCUGAGGAUGUCGACAUUGAAGAGGGGAUAAGGAUACUAUUCCAAGAGGAAGAUUGCUACAUGAUUCUGGAGGAAUGUACUGAAACACCCAACAUUAGAGAGGCAGAAGCGGGCGAGCGACUUUCCAACUGGACUUCUACCCCGCUACUGGCUCUUCGUAAUAAAAACGAUAAAGCAACCUUAAAUGUCAUGAUAUGUUGCGAAACGAAUGAGUCGGACAGCGUAAGUGAGGAAGAAUAUAAGGAAUACGACGAGACCACGAUGCUACCCGAGGGUCUCACAGAGGAAGUGGAACAAUUGGAGAACGAGAAAAAACCAAACUUGGACGAAAUGGAAACCAUAAAUCUAGGUGAUGAAGAGAAUGUCAAAGAGAGGAGGAUAAGUGCACACUUAGAUGCUACCCUCAAAGAGGAACUGAUAAGCUUGCUAAGGGAAUACGUGGAUGUUUUUGCAUGGUCAUAUGCCGACAUGCCGGGUUUAAGUAUCAGCAUAGUAUCCCAUAAGUUACCCAUCAACGAGGGGUUUUCUCCAAUAAAGCAGAAAACCCGACAAUUCAAACCAGAUCUCAGUAUCCAAAUCAAGGACGAGAUGGAGAAACAAAUUGAGUCUGGAGUAGUGGAGAUCUACGGUGAUCUGAUCAGAGUCCCUCCAAGUGAGCUUAGCGCUAUGAGUUCACCAUGGCCUUUCGUCGCCUUGGGCAUCGAUGUUAUUGGACCCAUUGAACCCGCAGCCUCGAAUGGCCACCAGUUCAUUUUGGUUGCCAUUGACUAUUUCACCAAGUGGGUGGAAGCAACAUCCCACAAAUUAGUAAUAAAGAAAGUAGUGCCAGACUUUGUGCGAAACCACAUCAUAUGCAGAUUCGGUAUACCCGAGUCUGUCAUAAUGGACAAUGGAGCGAAUCUGAAUAACCACCUGAUGAAGGAUAUCUGUGAGCAAUUCAAGAUCACCCAUCAAAUCUCAACAGCUUACCAGCCGCAAAUGAACAGAGCCAUAGAAGCAGCCAACAAAAAUAUCAAGAGGAUAUUGAGGAAGAUGAUUGAUAAUCAUAAAGGUUGGCACGAGCAGUAG